GCCGCUGACAACCAUACAAGUCUCCGUGUCGCCAUUGAAUAGCAUGGAAUUAAGUUGAAUUAAACCUUCUUCAGUGUUUAUGUUUUGUGUUGUAUAUAUUUUGUGACUCUCAGUGGAGAGCGUGGAGCCUGUAUGUAUUGUGAUAUAUAUUUUUUGUGCCGUGGUUCUGUGUUUGAUAUUUUUUGUGGUGUUUUUUGGUUAUAUUCAAUUUGUUUAUCAUAUAUUUUGCUGUUUGUGAAGUUAUUUAAAUAAUUAGUAGCUAUUUUACUGAAGGAGUGUUAUUUGGUGAUAUACGAGCUUCGCCACUCAAGAUGCUUAUAAACUCUUUCAAACACCCAGACUCAAAUAUUCGGCUCCAGCAAAGAGACGUUUGUGCUGUAUUAGAUAAAAAGGAUUUGGGCAAUGGAACUCUUUAUGUUAGCGAAAGUACACUAUGCUGGCAGAAAGAUGAUGAAUCUAUAGGAUUUACAAUAGGGUACCACAAAAUAUCUCUACAUGCAAUUUCUAGAGAUACACAGUUAUGUGAUAAGGAAUGCAUAUAUGUGGUUCUUGAUGGAAAGAUGUACAUGCCAGGUGAUGAACCCAAAGAAGAUCCUGAUGAUGAAGAUGCUAGUGAUGCAGACUCAAGCUCAGAAGUUACUGAGUUACUAUUGAUCCCAGAAAAUAUGAUGUUAGUUCAGACUAUAUAUGAAACAAUAAAAGUCUGCCAGGAACUCAACCCUGAUCCAAAUGAUAUUGAUGAUGAGGAGGAUCAUAUCUACCAAGAUGCAGAAGAUGAAAUGGAGGAAGCAGAGUAUGUUGUACACGAAAGAGGUGGUGGAGAUGCAGAUAUUGAUGACUUGUCACAUAGGAUUCAAAAUAGUUCUGUUUCUGUUAACUAUAACUAUAGUAAUGGUGAUAAUGAUGAAGAAGAGUUCCAAGAUGCUGAUUAGGUUGAAGUACUUAUCUAAGGCUUUAGUUGUAAUUUUUUUACUUAAAUAAAUACCAUUCAUUCAUUUUAAUACUAUUUCAUGA